GGCGCCAGCGACGCGGGCUCGGUGCGGAGCAGCCGCGCGUCGGGCAGGAUCCGCCACGCGCGGAGCUUCGGGGCGGGCUUCGGGGCGGCGGCCACGGGCAAGGCCGUCACGGUAGGCUCCAUCGAUCCCACCACCACCCGCGGCCACGGGCUGGGCGGCGCCACGGCCGUGAGCGAGGGGCUCCAGAAGGCCCUGAGCGACCGGCAGGAUUGCCGCGCGAAGAUCUACUCGGUGCUGCUGCGCGCGGACUUCCAGUGCCAGGAGGCGCUCGGCAUCGCUGAGAGGCAACAGAUGGAGAUGGUGAAGCUCUACCCAGAUGCCAUGCAGCUGGAGAGCUGGAUAGAGGUGAAGGAGAACCUCUCCGAGAGGGAAUGUACACAGAAUUGCCCCUCCUCGGAGGUGCAGCGGCAGCUGCGAGCGGCGAAGUUUCCCAUCCGCUUCGUCUUCGCUGCGCCCCGGAAGAGCAAGGCGCAGCUGGAGCAGGAGGCGAAAGGGGCCGCCGAGAAGGUCGACUUCCAGGACGACCGGAAGAUGGUCAUCAUGAUGAUCGGCGUCAUGAACUCGUUCAACCAGGUCUCCAUGUUCGAUUUCGAGUGGCCCCCAAUCUUCACGAAGCUGGCGGCGAUAGCGGGGCAGUUCUCGCUCAAUUUCAACUUCUUCCAGCCGGAGUGCUCCGUGGAGACCCCCUUUAUCCAGAAGUGGAUCACCUUCUUGGCCAUCCCGUACAUGAUGAUGGUUCCGCUGAUCAUAGCACUGGCGAUGGCAUCGACGGCCACGGUGAUCGGGAAGCGCGGCUUCGGCGUCGGGGUGAAGCUGUGGCUGCUGAAAAACGCGUUCGCUCGUUGCUGCUGCAUGUCCGUCAUCAUGCUUCUGCCUUUCCACCUCGACCGGAUCCUCGUGCCGUUCGCUUGCGCGCAGAGGGGAGAGGGCCUGUAUUUUGUGGACGAGAUGCCGGAGACGCCGUGCGAAUUUACGGACCCGGUUUACAGGCUGAUGUUCAGGAUCAGUGGUACCGCAUUUAGCAUAAUGAUGUUCUUUUACAGCGGUAUGAUUUGGUGCGUCUGGAAGAGCUUCCACUGGCAGUAUGGCACCAUUCGGCGCGAGCACAUCCCCUUCUACGUCGCCAUGGUGGAAGUGAGCACCUUCGGCCAGCGCGGCUACAUCGCGGAGGCGAGGAAUAAGGUAUAUGCUAACAUCUGCGCGGUGAGGACGUUCGACCCAGGCUCGAGCAGGCUGCUGGAUCGCGAGAUCCUGUGCCAGGCCGCCGACACCCUGGCGCACCGCGGGCGCUUCGCCAACAAGGAGAAGGGCGUCGCGUACGGCGCUGGCGUGGACUCGAUGGAAGGGCAAUCGCGACAAGAGACGAUCGGGGAGCGGCUCGACAUCGUGAGAAGCACCGCCCGCUUCCGGGGCCACAGGAAUCAGCACGAGGAGAAGGAAGGCAACAUCAUGACUUAUGGAUGGAUUCUCAUCAUCAACCUUUUUAUUCGGCAGCUGUUCUCCCUCACAGCCAUUAAACUUACAAAGGGUAGCCUGGUCGUAAUCGGAGCGGCGGCUCAGAUGGUAGUCUUCUUUAUAAACAUUACUUGCCUGAUCUUGUUCAAGCCCUACAAGAGUGCCAAGGUCGUGCAUGUUGAGACCAUCCUGUUAUCUGCCCUCUUCACUAUUCUCUGGGGCGCGGUGAUGAAGAUGCUGCUCACGAACAACAUCAACGCAGACAAAUACGCGACCACCAUCAACAGGAUCAACUGGUUCAUCGAGUUCGCCGCGAUGGGGCUCAUGCUCUUGAUCGCCGUAGUUCCAGGCUACCAGGUGUACCAGGUGUUCUCGAAGGCAAUGCUGAUGUUCUUGAGCCCAGACGCGACGCUCAACGAGAUCUACCGCUCGCAGUACUUCGCCAAGCAGGCCGAGAGGGCCAAGGAGGACAAGGUCCGCCUGCAGGACACCCUGAGGAUGAGCGACGGCGACCCGGCCGAGGUCCUGUCCAGGGGCAUGCCGAGUUUGUCGGAGGCGUUGCAGCGCUUCGAGAGCUCUGGCGCGAACCUCGAGCUGGACCGUGACGCGCAGAGGAAGACCAUUCGCCGGCUGGCUGCGGUGCUGCAGCGCGCGAUGCAGAACAAGAAGAUGGCCUACGAUCACGAUCACGCGGUGGACAAUUACAUGCGCUGGAAGGAGCAGCGGGGGCCGAGGGCGGCCCUGCCCGCCGAGGGCGAGCCCGCGGCCGCGGCGUCGCCCCGGAGCGGCGGCCCCUUGGCGCCCGCCGAGGGCGAGCCCGCCGCCGAGGGCGCCGCCGCGGGCGCCGACGGCGAGCCCGCGGCCUCUGCGGGCGCCGCCGCAGCCGCCGAGGGCGCCGGCGCCGCCGCGGCCGCCGAGGGCGAGCCCGCGGCCGCCGAGGGCGCCGCCGAGGGCGCCGAGGGCGUCGCCGCGGCCGCCGAGGGCGCCGCCGCGGCCGCCGAGGGCGAAGCCGAUGAAGGCGAGCCCACGGCCGCUGCCGCCGCAGCUGCGGCGCCGCGCGCGUAGGCUGAGCCCGAGGGGGCGGCAGGGCUGGCGGACUUCGGCCCGGCCUGCCGCACGCCUCAGUGGCAGCGUCGGUCGGGGGAUCAGGAGGACAGCUAGCGGGUUGAUACAGUACUUCUAUCACGUGCUGUUCCAGCAGUCCUCGUGGAAGCUCGGAAGCUGCGGCGACGGUGGCCGGAAGUACGCGCACAUUGGGAAUCAGCUCGUUGAUUUCUUGGUCCAUGCAGAUGGUAACCGCCCGCGCCGAACCGCCUUGCGCGGGGAAUCGGAGCAGAACGCAGCGACUUGAUGUGAAGGUACCCGCUCAUGCGGCGCGGCUUUGCUUUGAGUCGACUGCCAAGCGAGGGCCGAUGCUGAUUCACCCGUUCAUCUCUCCGCCUCGCCAUCCUCUCACUCCCCUC